AUGGCAGAAACACUCGCAAGAGAAUCGCGUGGCUACGAUGGGCAAGAGAGUCCUCUAGGCACCAUGUAUCAGUCCAGGGCCAAUUAUAACAUUCCAUCCCGUAUCAUACCAUCCCGUACCAUCUGGGCUUUCGAAGUCGUCAAGAAGGUUGGCAACGAUUGGGCCGACUGGGCAACCGUCCGCUUUCUUCUCUCUUUCAUGAACAACGUUAUCAUAAUCAUACCUAUUCUGCACGCUACUAUGUCUUCGCUUAACGUUCUAUACGCUACUGCAUCUACAGUCGCACUCCCUGUUAGGCAAGCCGCUACUAGAAAGCACCGCUAUACGCGCAUGCAUACGCACGGCGGCAGUGUGUGCUAA